AUGGCCGUGCCGAGUGUCACCAGCGACAAUUUCCUCGCUGUUGCCCUUGUAGUCAACCGCUCUCGAGAUGGCCCAGCUUUCGUGUUCCACUACCCUGCACAAGUUGAGCCUCAUUCCAAGUCAAGCUCUUCCAACGGCGCUGAGCUUGAAGAUAUUCUUCUCGAGCGCCUGUCGCAGCAGAGUUUCUCAGACGUCGCCGACGAUGCUCCCCUCCUUAAGCAGGGACGAAAUCCUGACGAGCACUCUUUUACCGAAUCCGGCUCUCAGAUUGUGCCAUGGGAACGUGUUGCAGGUUUUCCUGCCCGUGAUCUUGCUGGGAUUUUGACACCCGCUCGUCCAUAUCACAAACGACUUUUCCAAUUAUCCUUGGAUCCGCUGUAUUGCGUAUCGUAUCCGAUUCAUGUUCCUGAGAAUGGCAGAUGGAAGAAAACUAAAAAGACGUCUCGUGCUGAGAAGCGCUCUGUCUUGAAUGAUGAACAACUCGGCCCUCAUGAGAUCGAUACUCCCACGCCAGGAAAAGCACCUGAACAACCCACCGAAGAGAAGGACAACAAGAAAGAAGAGGGCAAAGACAAGGACGACGAGAAGCGCAGCUCUAUGACUAUGUUCAACCUUGUCUUCAUCCUCAAUCCUAGCAGUAACGAAGUCAAGGAUGUUGUCGAGUCUAUGUAUGACCACAUCAUAAAGAAAGUCAGCAAGGCCUUUAAGUACAGCCAACAACACAGUGAGUUUGUAUGGAAGGAGUCAAAACGAAUCCUCGUCGCAAAGGACAAGGCACGAGAGGAGCGGAAACGAAUGAGUGUCUUGUGGAAAGAAAUACUGCAGAGCUCAUCUUUGGCCGCUGCCAUGCACGACAUAUACGAAGCAGUCUCACAGAAUAAGAUCGCGGCUCUGCACCUCGACACGACAGCUGGCCCUUUGACACCCUCAGUUCAAAUUCCUGUGCCCUUCUAUAUCGAUGACCUCCCACAAGGUGAAGAGGGAACGCAGCGUGGUCUCUGGCUUACAACCGCCAAUACCUUUAUCAGUCAAGAUGCUCUCGAAGAGCCCGCCUUCCUCGACCGCAACUUUGCUCUGCUACUUACGGACGAUGAGAAGAAAAUUAUAGCAGAGCUUCAAGCUGACCCAGACCCGACUACUUCUUCCAUGGUAGAGUUUGUGCGGUUGUCAAAACCGACACAAUCAUUCUAUCAAGUUGGCCAGAGCAAUAUCUUGACUUUAGGCCAAGUGCGUAAAUAUGCACAACACUUCAUCUUCUGGCGUCGUGCCAUCGCUGUACCCCCUCUUCACGCCAAGGACCAAUACAUCCUGUCCCCCAACAGCGACCUCUCCCGUCUUCCCAUUGACACUAUGGAAUGGCAGCGAGCAUUUCCUCUAGCCCCCCCACUCCCUAACUUUCUUGCUGAGCUCUCUCAGGCACCCCGGCCAUACAAGCAGUUCUCUCCCAGCAAGGCCCACCGUCCCACCUACCUCCUCAUGCUUGCCUGGCUUAUGCGGCGUGGCUGGGUCACCCAGCUUUGCACCUUUGCCUAUGUCGUUGUCUGGCCUGAGAUUAUGUACGAGGUCGAGUACGAGAUGGAGGCCGAAGAACUCCGCGCGGCUGCAGAUGCGGAUGCGGAUGCGGACAAGAACAAAGAAAAAGAAGUCAAAAACGACUCAUCGUCGGCCACAUCGGCCACAUCAGCCCCCCGCACCUCCGAGUCUUCCGAAGGACAUUCCGGCACCGACGGCUCCCAUGUUCCCACUGUUGCCGAGCAGGCCGCAGAGAAAGCCCGCCUUGAGCGCAUCGCUUCCAAAGCACAGCGCGAUGCUGCGGAAAAGGCCACCGCGCAUGCCCGCAAGCCUGUACCUGUGGUGACUUCGCAUCCUUCCGUCAACGACCAUCCGCAUCUCCAAGGCUUGAUACCGCACAUCAUUCUAGACGCCAAAAAAGCUACUGGUAAAGAAUCUCGCUAUUUGUCUGCCAUCGCACGGCGUUUCAACGACGAAAAGCUGGCAAACAGCUGGCAGGUCAUGUGCAAGUACUUCGAUGGCCGAUGUGCUCUAGAACGCAUAGCUUUGCAAGAGGAUAUGAAGCGGAAGCUGGUGUGGAAUGCCUUGACAGCUAUGAGCGAGUAUCUUCUCUGCACUCGCCAUUGGUAA